GUCCGUGGUCGUAUAUGUGCUUAGAAUUGAUUACUGUCUGAACUCGAUCCCUUCGUUGUUGCGGGAAGGCCUCGUGACUCGGCCGAGCCAAGUUUCGACCCGAACCUGUCACGGCGGAAUUGCAGCUGAGUCUGUAUAGAAUUUGGUUCCGGGAUUCUGUGGCUGCCGAGAUGGGCCACGUUAAUCGUCGUGAAUUGUACCUACUUUGGACGGACGGACGGACACCUUCAACUUCUGGCUCCAAUGUGUGAUCGGUGCAUGGACUAGUCCAGUAGAGUGUGUGAAUACGUACCUGACGGCCGAGUGGGUGAUGACUCAGUUACAGCACGAUGUUCAAUUCACUUGUCUAAUUGUGUUCCCUGGUGGUCACAAGGGUGGAGUGAGGGGCAAUUUGGAGUGACUUAUGAAUGAAUGAGACUGAAACGCGCUUGUGAACGCGUUGUUCUGGUGUUCUACACUGACGUGAUCGACUUACAUUUCAUAGAUAAAAAUAAGGCAGUAUGUACCGAUAAGACUCAUCCAGAAAAUUGGUCGAUGAAUUAAGGUUGAGGGGUGGAACUAAGAGCAAUUGCGACAGCCUCACUUCCUCGACACGGUCCGUUGUAGAGAUAUACUUUCCUUCACAGAGAGAAUAGCCAGCCUCGUGCAUGUACACGUAUCUUUCGUGUCCAUGACACAUUACAGAUACGAGACAGUUCUCUUGAGACUUCGAGCUGUUAAUGUUAAGCCCACAUGUUUACAGCAGAGGAUGAAUGCUGCAUCAACCCAGCAUUUCUCGAUUGCCGACGCAUCGGACGGCCGAACUACGGUUGGAUUCAUCCGCGAUGAGGCAAAUACUGAAACGGUUAAGCUACAGGUGUCUUUGGUCGAAAUUUCCAACAACAAAAAAUGGGGAUGAAGAAACCAUGCAGAUGACAGAUAAAACUGCUGCUGCAUCCUAUCUUCCCAUCGAGAUUGCUUCAAAACCUUAUGGAAAAUCAUGUGCCUUCAUUCGGGAAAUACUGUAGGCUAGUUUCAUUUCAGUAUCAUUUACGCCGAUUUCAUCAAAACGUUGAGAGCAUCACGAGUUUCUGAUUUGUUUCGGUGUUGAUGAACAAAGAUUCGUUCUCUCGGCUGCUUCCAUGGCCUCCUACGCUUCAAUCUGUUUUCCCUCUUCACUACAUUUUGCUCUUGCUUUAGAAGAGCUGUCGGCAUCUUACCCUUGUGUGCUGCAUAGACUUAUGAUUCCAACAACGACAGUAGUGCC